UUUGGCGUUGAACGCUUGCGUGAUAAUAUAAUGGACACAUACUGGCAAUCAGAUGGCCAACUGCCUCACUUGGUCAACAUCCAGUUCCACAAACGCACCAACAUCAGCCAGAUUUACAUAUAYACCGACUACAAGUUGGACGAAAGCUAUACCCCAUCGCGAAUUUCGAUACGCUCCGGCACCAAUUUCAACGAUCUGCAGGAGCUUCAGGUCAUAGAUCUGACCGAGCCGAAUGGCUGGGUGCAGAUACCCAUUAAAGAUGGCAAUGUGAAGUCGCUGCGCACUUUUAUGCUGCAAAUCGCCGUUAUUUCGAAUCAUCAAAAUGGCCGUGACACUCAUAUGCGGCAAAUUCGCGUUCACGCCCCUUGCGGCGGAGAAAGCAAACACUAUCCCCUCGAGCUCUUUGGCAAAUUCGGAACCGUUGACUUUCAAAAAUUUGCUACCAUACGUUAAUUU